AUGGACCACAUGGAUCAGGGAAUGGAAUUUGCGGAGAGGACUCAUAUUGUCGGUGAGGAUGGGGCAGUUGAGGUUGAUAACCACGAUAAUGAUCGUAAGGAUAAGGCUGUGGGGAUCUUUGGGGAAGAUAUUGAGGCUGGAUUGGAUUGUAAAGAGGCUGGACUGGUGGCUGAUUGUAAGGGAUUGGCUGUGAUUGGGGCGGUUGAGGAGGGAUUUGAUGGAUUGGUGGAGGUACAGGAUGUUGGAUUGGAGGUAAUCUUGGAGAAAUUAGAGCUGGCAGAGGGCUUGGAGGAGCAGAGAUUGGCUCCUGAUAAAAUGGAGAUUCAUAGGAGGAAGGUGCAGGUAACGGAGGGGGAGAACAAGGCAAAUUCCUGA